CUGACGGUUCUGAAACUGCAGCAUUGUAGUGUUGAUGCGCCACCAUCUUCUUUUGUGGGAUUUCCUAAGCUGGUCGUUCUUGAGCUUGAACAUGUUAUCAUGCCUGAAGAUUUCCUUCAGAAUUUACAGCCGGAGUGCCCCCUGCUCCAAGAGUUGAGGGUUCUACACUGUAGCAGGCAAGAAUAUAUACUCAACGUGCCGUCUCUCAAGUUGCUUUUCAUUAAGUUGAGUGGUUCCGGUUUCAACAUUACGUUCCGGCAUGCUCCAGUGCUUUCAGUGCUAUCGCUGACAGAUGGUUGGACGUCUAAGAAUUGGUUUGCACUGUUUGCUUCUCUCCCUGAGCUCAGGCAGCUGACUUUUGGAAUUCGUUCGCUGCUGUUGGGUACUAGUAGUACUGCCCAGCCGCCUUCAGGGGUUAUUGAUACCUUACAGGAGUUGUUGGAAGCAGAGGACCGACCUGGAGUACUUUGUUGCCUUCAACAUCUUGAAGAGUUGCACAUUCAGGAUAGCCAAGGUGCACGAGUCGAGCUGGACCUGGUGAGGUUUGUUAUGGCCAUUGCUCCACACCUUCGUGUGAUCUCGAUUAACAGUGCAGUUAACCUGUCGUCGUCUGAUAAGGUUUCGGAAUUCUUGAGUGAAUUGGUAUCCUACAAGCGUAUUUCCAGAGACGCGGUGGUCAAAUAUGUCUAG